AUGGAACUGCGACAUGUCGAGAAGCACACUCUACAAGGAAUCCAUACUUGUCACAUUAGAUACUUCACAGAGCGACAUACGAGGAUGAGACUUUCGCAUUCGGUCCAGGGCAAGAAGGGUGCCAAUGUCAUUCGCAUGGAGUCUGAAUCGCCACUAACUGCUGCCGACACCGAUAUCUCUUUCAAUGCUGAUGACUCUUUCAUGGAUAUAGACGACACUUCUGAUGUGCCACUUGCUGUCACACAGUCUGGUAUACCACCACCUGCAGCACCUGUUAUGGUGUCAGAUGACAUGGACUCUGAUAAAUUGUCAGAGCUCAUGAAAAAGAUAAUCGGCCAUCGCACUUUUGAAUUCGAAGGAGGAUGUCCAGACUUAUUUGCUGAACUUCAAGCAACCCUUGCAUCGGGUGAAUUACCAUUCUCGACUCCACUUUCCCGGUCCUCUGACAAGGAGCACGAGCUCUUCGAUGACAGUGCUCCCAAUUUUGGGGUUGAGCUCCCUGUGACAUUACCAGAUGAUAUCCACGAUAAGGUGAGUGCGAACUUCAAUACGGUCUCAAUGAAUAACCCAACAUAUCCAUGGCCAUCAAAAGCGCACUUCUUCACAUCCCUGCUUUUCAGCUCUCCACGACUCCCAUUCUCCGAGACCCAGAAGAAAGCCAUACUCAAUUGGGCCAGAAGUCUUGGUGCUCAAAAUGUCCCCUCACUGGGUUCGAUGAAGAAGUGCCACACAUACCUGGAUAAUCUUGUUGGCAAUCCGACUCAGCAAGUCACAUCUCGUGCUGGCGACAUAUUUUAUAUCAACAACAUCACAGAAGUGAUCGCAAAGUUUGCAAUGAAAGAUUACCCCGAGGAUGGUGGUGAGGGGAUGUUGCAAGUAUUCAAUGGGAAGAAGAUGUUGCUCGAUCUUCCGUCACCACCGGCGGUUCGAGUAGAUGGAACAAUUUACUUCACAGAUGAACUACUACAGGAUAACUCUGGAGACUACUUUAUUCCAGAGCACUUUUUUCAUGCCUCGCCUCCUGCAGACUCAGAUGGCGAUGACACUAAACUCCAUGAGCAUGCAGAUGCAAAGCCCUUAUAUGCACUUGGUCGGGCAGUUGAACGAACGGAGGCCGGAUUCAUCGUUCAUGACGAGCAAGAGAUCAUUCCUACGUCCACAUUUGUGUGGUCAUUUGAAGACAUAGCUGCGACACAGGGUGUGUUAUGUGCCCAUCUGUAUCAGCAAUCGCGGGACUCACAUGAUAACAGCCUCGUCGACCAAAUAUGCAUCACUUUUGCCAAGUCCAAUGCGUAA